GGAGAAAGUGACGCAACCCGGUGAGGGAUCGUCGGGCGGCGGGGCCCGGACACGGAGCGGCGGCGAUGUGGAGGGUGAAGGCGGCGCUGGGCAGAGUGUUUCAUCGCUGGCCCACCACCGGACCCUCAACUUCGCUGCGCCUGCCUCCCACUCAUUGUACCGAAGAUGACCUGCUAAACCCGCCGGUUCUGGUUCCCAACAAUCUACCCUCCAAAUACAGUUCCACAGAUCCUCAGAAUGGAGAUGGAAGAGAGAGGAGAGAGGAAGAGGAGCAGAAGGCUCGAUUUUAUUCUAAGCCAUUGCCACGGUUUUCAGGGUUGGAUGCUGUUGGCUGGGGUGCUGCUGCCGUGAUGCUUUUACAGUUUGUCAGACACCUGCAUCGCCAGUUCUGUCACCACAACGGGCCCCAAGAGAGUGAUGUGGGCUUGCGUCUCUGUCUCCCAGACUUCGUUGCUUCCACACUGACGCCAGACAGAAUCAGUAAGUUUACUUUUUAUUCGAUGUACAUCGGUCCUGAAGGUGACAUUGAUAAGGAUGUGUGCACAGCUUGUCCAGAUUCUAGUUCAGACCGGUGCAUUCUGCCUCAUGGUGUGGGCUCCGAUGCGAUCAGCAGCUCAGCGGUUCCGACUUCAGCACUGGCAGGAUCCUCCCCUCCAGCAGAUGACACAGCAGUGCUCUUUAAGAUUGGGCAGGAGAAUUUUGAAAAUGUUGAACAAGAUGACCCACUGUUUAUGGAGAGUGCACAACGCUCAGACUACAGUGUAACGGAUGGGAGCAGUCGGCAACUACAUCCCCAGAGGGAGGGACCCAACUCAGAAGAAGCUUUAAACCAAGCCACUUCCGACCUGCAAGGGACUACAGAGUCCAGCAUUUCUUCCAUAUUAAAUAUUAUUGGGAUUGAAAAUAUAAGAGCUAAAGAUGACGACAUGGCUUUCUCCUGCUUCAUGAUGGCAGCCCGGCAAGGCUACAGCAAGGCCCAGUACAACGUCGGAGUGUGCUACGAACUGGGGAGAGGCACAGCCAAAGACAUUGAGAAGGCUGCCCUGUACUAUAGUCAGGCAGCUACUCAAGGGACAUGCCAUGGCUCAGUACCGCUGGGCCAGGUAUUUUGUUGGAGGUCAAGCCAGGAAGGGAUGUCACAGAUGCCCCAAAGAGCCGUUGAGCAGUUCGAAAAGGCGGGGAAGUCUGGACUCAGAGAGGCACAAGCGUACCUCGGAGUGUUCUAUACCAACGAGCCCCACCAAGAUCCGCAGCAAGCUGUCAGGUAUUUCACCAUGGCAUCGAGAAAUGGGGAUCCUAUGAGCCAGUACCACUUGGGGAUCUGCUACCAGAGAGGAUGGGGCGUGCUGAAGGACUAACGCCGAGCUGUAGAUCUCUACAAGCAGGCUGCUGCUCUUGGACAUCCUGACGCACAGUGCGCUCUGGGCAUGUUCCACCAGAAAGGACUGGGAGGCCUCCCGGUGAACCUAUGGAAGGCCUUGGAGUUGUAUCAGAAGGCAGUUCGCAGGGGCAGUGAGGAGGCUGCGCACAAUCUGCAGAUCCUAAUGAAGGAGCUCCGAGUCAAAGGAGGUUUUACUGUGUCCGGUGGCUCCGGCUCCCUGAGGUGUGUGAUGUCCUCCCCUUGCCUCAGUGCACAGGGCACGCUGAAAGCACUGCUCCCUCGGCAGCGCGCAGGCGAAGCCGACUCCAACUGUCUUCCACCCGGAACACCGCUGACUCUGCUGCCCCACUCCUGGAGCACAGGCACCCUCCUCGCCUUGACGCUCAGCAGUGGCGGUCUCCGCGUUAGCACCGACCCAUCCGAGACAGGCUGCCAGGACUGCCAUGUGGAAUUCCCGCGGAACACCGCACCUUCCUUGUCGGCGUGGGGUGAUUUACGUGGGGGCGUUUCCUCGGAAGCCUGCGUGCCGCACCGCCUCCCGUUCCCUCGAGGCCGAGGGAUCUCCUCACCCCGUUGGAUGGAUCCACAGCUCCCUGGGCAGAGACCCAAGUGGGGGAAGCUGCAUCAUGUAGGCAGGAGUCUGAGGGAUUUCCAUCACCGGCUCUCCCAGCCCUGACCUGAUGCAGGGUCUCCACCCGGAAUGUCAAACGUUCCCACAGUUGCUGCUCGACCCGCUGAGUUCCUCCAGCAGAUUGUUUGUUGCUCCAGAUUCCAGCGUCUGCACAGUUGACGGUUUCUGUCCAGACACCCUGAUUUGACCCCCAACAUGUGCUUAACCAUUGCCAAGGCAAAACGUCCUGUUCCAGCAGUGGAGAGCUCGGAAGCAAGGCAGCAGUUCAGCAACCACUCAUCCAGGACGAUCCAAAAUCUCAUCCCGAUCCCCUGCUGUCUGUCUUCCCUCACGGGAGAGCGUUGUGUUUUUAACUCUUUCUGUUGCGUGCUGCUCUGCCUCUGAGGUUGUUGACUCCUGAGCUGGAGUGUCCCGACAAGUAAUGGUCGGAUAUCUGAUGUGCCCUCAGGAGUGGGGAGGGGCUCAGGUGGAGCAUAAACCCCAGCACGAUGGGCCGAGUAGCCUCUAGCUGUACAAUAAACAGCCAUGCUUAGCUGAUUUGUGUUGCUGCAGGCAGUGGUGGGCUGUUCCUCUGCGAGCUAGACCCAUGAUUAAUUUGGAAAGCUGUCAUCCUAAUUUACAUUAGACUUUCUCUCCCCAGACAUACAGUCAGUUUAAAUGUUAAUGUGAUGCUUCGCUGCAUUUCUCCCUUGCUGUCUCUUGCGCACACGCACGCCCACACUCUGUCAGUCUGUCACAGUGAUCCACCAUAUGCCACGCCUAUAGUCUUGAAAGACCAGUUUAUAUUUUCACUCGCCAACCAUUGGUUCAAAACCCUCAGCCAGUUAGUUGCAGCUGACACUUCAUGCAGCGAAACUGGGUGCAUCUACAAGCAACGAGGCAGCUGUGAUCUCUACAAUGCAAUGUCUCCUCGCCACUACUGUAAGCACAUCACACCUCCCUCACUGCAUUGAAUGUGUUACACACAAUCUUUGCAGCAUUUGAAUGCAUAACGCACAACCCAAAGUGAAUUGAGUGCACUGCACGCAAUCCUCGCGGCAUUGAACGCAUAACGCGCAAUGAUAUAUUGAGUGUGGCAUGCACAACUCUUUGCCACAUUCAGCGCAUCACAACCCCCUCAGUGCCUUUAGUGACUUCAUAGCUUUAAGAGAGGAGUCUUUCUUUGAGCCAGUGACACAGAUACCCGACCCGGGUUCAGUGCUAGCCUCAGGUGCUGUCUGUGUGGGGUUUGCACACUCUCCCUGUGCGUUGCCCCCUGAUGCUCCACUGUCCCCUCUCAUCCCAAAGAUGUGCCAGUCGGUAGGUUAAUUGGCUGCUGUAUAUUACCCCCAGUGUGUAAGGGGGGUGGUAGAAUCUGGGGGGGGUCAAUGAGAAUGUAGGGAAGAUAAAAAUAUGAUUAACGUAGGAUUAGUGUAAAUGAGUGGUUGGUGGUCAACACGGACUCAGUGGGCCAAAGUGCCUGUUUUGUGCUGUAUCUUGGUCUCUCACACUAUGCCAGAUCUGAUGGCUUAACCCUCGUGUUAUAUUGGCAAGUGAAGUGUUUUAAAGACUUUCCUGACUGAUGUCACUUAAAUGCAAGCUGUUCGAUUAAAAAAUUAUCUGGGAAUCUAAUGAUUUGUGUUCCUGGUG